AUUCAAUUACUUUUCUGUUAAUAAGAAAUUACUAAUUUAAGGAGAGAUCCAAACAAUUAGUGUUCCAAGAAAGAAAAAGGAGACAGAUCCAUUUUUACAGCCGAAGUAACCGUUUGGUGCGUCUUAACUCCAUCAUUUUCGUUUCCUUUGAAGGAUCAUUCUAAACCCAGAAAAAGCUCACCCUUGAAACAUUCUCGUUCUGAUUCUUAUCCUUUCUUCAUAACAUCAAUCUAAAGAGGAUCUCUAAGAAUGGUGAAACUAGCAACCUUAGGAAAGGUCACUACGACCAUCAUGUUAUUGAUGGUGAUGGUUGAUGUUUUGGUCGGAGCCUCGGACAACAACGUGGUGUACAGUCCAUGUUCAGACACUGAAAUAAGCAAAGGAGAUGGUUUCACCGUAGGUGUUGCAAUCUCAAGCAAAGAAGCUUUCUUCCUUGACCAAAUCCAGCUUUCCCCUUGCGAUUCUCGUCUUGGUUUAGCUGCGAAAAUGGCGCAGCUGGCGCUUUUUAGACCUAAGGUGGACGAGAUCUCUCUUCUCUCCAUCGACACAAGUAAGUUCAACCCGAGUGAAGCAGGAGGACACAUGGUUGGGUUCGCAGGCUCGAAAUACGCAGCAAGAUCUUACCCUGCGAAGGUCGCUGAUGGAAGCCACACAAUCACAUCUUUCACACUUGUGAUGGAGUUUCAGAGGGGAGUGUUGCAGAAUCUGUUCUGGAACAACUUCGGAUGUGACUCGUGCAAAGGAGGAUCGUCUUCCGUGUGUCUGAAUGGGACGGAUUGUGCGGUUCCAACAGCAAAAUGCAAGGCUAAUGGAGGCGAGGCUAAUUGCAACAUUGGAAUCCAGGUAGCGUUUUCAGGGACAGACAAGAACCUUGAGUCGUUGAACUCAUGGUACGAGGUGAGAAAUCUGAGGCAGUACUCUCUUACCGACCUCUACGCAAAUGCUGUAAAUUCUCUAACUGGUGGGCUUCUGUAAGAGAGACAAAAAGUGUAAUGCAGAUGCAGUACUAUGUAAUUGAGGUUUCUAAAUAGUUUUUUAAUUAACUUCCAUGGACAAAUAACUUGCCCUCCAAGUUCACCAAAC